AUGGCUGAUCCCCCUUCACCAUCGGGGAUCUCACCCCGCAGUUCGUCCAUCCGCCGCCGUGGUGUCCCCGCGCGAACUACACUUGAGACCAUCCCCGACUGGCCCGAACGCCGCAACUCGACCCUCUCCGAUACAAUCUCAGAUGCUCGUAACUCCAUUCGAUCAUCCACAGAUGGCCUAUUUCUCCCCCGGGUUGCUAGGCACAAUGAAGGCCCGAUCGCAACGGAGGAGUCUCAUUGGCACUCUGCACCACUGGCCUUGGCGCUGAUGCCUGCCAUCGCGGGUGUCAUGUUUAAAGAGGGAAGCUCUUUUGUGACUGACGUGACAUUGUUGGUACUGGCGGCGAUAUUCCUCAAUUGGUCGGUUCGAUUGCCAUGGGACUGGUAUCGGUCGGCCCAGGCUAUCCAGCGGGAAGACUCCAGAUUCAGCCCCACUGCGGAGGACAUCGAGAUCGAGGGUGAUGAGGCUGUGGAAUCCGGCGAAGAAUCUCAUCAGCGUCCCCAGCCCCUACGAGCAUCUAAUCAAGCAGCCAUCAAGGAGCUCCAGAUCCACGAGCUCGUCGCAUUAGUCUCGUGUUUCAUAUUCCCUCUGAUCGGCGCCUGGCUUCUCCACGGCAUCAGAAAUAACCUGUCCCGACCCUCAGAAGGUUUAGUCUCAAAUUACAACCUUACUAUCUUUCUUCUCGCAUCGGAGAUCCGUCCAUUCGCACAUCUCCUCAAAUUAUUCCAAGCACGCACCCUCCACCUCCAACGCAUCGUCGCAACAACAAACGAUGAAGACCGCAUCGACGCAAAUAAAGUCCAAGAUCUCACAAAGAGACUCGAGGAGCUCGAAGCCCAUGUAGCCGAAGCUGCCGCUACUCGCCUGACUUCAUCUCCCUCCAAAUCAGACCAAAAUUCUUCCAAAGAACCAAAUAACGCACCAGAACUCAUCACACAGGCCGUCGUUGAAGUACGAAGGACCGUCCAACCAGACAUCGAAGCCCUGAACCGCGCUGUUCGCCGCUACGAGAAACGCAUUGCUCUGAUGACCCUCCAGUCAGAUACCCGUUUUCAGCAACUUGAAGCUCAAACCCGCGACGCAUUAGCCCUAGCAGCCGCCGCGCAACGCUCCAGCCUUUCCAGCCGCUCCAGCUACGCGUUCACACUAGUAGACUGGGCCUGCGCAUGUGUCGUGGUUCCCACUCAACUCACAUUAUCUAUCCUCAACUUACCCAGUCGCGCAGCAAAUCGCUGCUUAGCAACCGCGAAGAGUAUACUAGGUCGGCCCCUUGCACAAAAGCCACGCUCGAAGUCAAGUAAGGGCAAGUCGGCUCAGGGAGGUGGUCAUAAGGUCCGACCGCGGUCGCCUCCGCCGAAGGCAACGGCUCCUGUUUCACCGCUUACAUCGCAGCAAUCUCUGGAUUCGAGGGUAAAGGGUACUUCUCGCUAG